ACUUAUUAUUCACUUCUCGCCCUAUAUAGAACUAUGGUGCAACUCGAUCUGACAUGCAAGCUUACCAUAUCGUAGUCAAACUCAUCCUUCUGUCUCAUCAGUCCGGCUACUUGGGUCGUGGGAUAAUUUUACAAAAUACCAUAAUAUGGAACGUGAUAUUCGACGGGACCGAAGCCAAUGGCGAGGCUGCCAUACAUUCAACAAUAUCGUAUGUGACGGCGACCAAGUCAAGAAUCAUAAACGUAACGGAGGGCUAAAGAUGGGUCACACAUAUUAUUAUUAUUAUGAGCUGGAUGGAUCAACGGAAACAUAUGAUCCUUCUAUGCCCACGACCAACGCCUGUCCAUACCUUCCUGGCCAAACUGUCAACACCGUCGAUGUUCCUCAGGAACAUUCUCUGUCGAGAAUUCGAAGUGCUUCGAUGAAUUCUCUACGGACUACUGACUUCAAGACGAUGGACCCAAAGGAUAGGUUUAUGACCCCGCGGCCAGCUCCCCCGGUGCCCAGCCUUCCCGACCUUCGGCUUGGAUCCUCGCCAGCAAUGUCGCUUGUCCACAAGCGGUCGGCCCGCUCUCUCUCGCCUGCGCCUAGUUGGAAGGGUGCCGCUCGGCGGUUCUUCGCCCGUAAGAAGGGACACCACCUAGACAGCGACGCCGGUAGUGAAACCGAAGUUGAAAGUCAUUAUGAUGGAGAAGUCAGACACUUCGAUGAACCUAGAAGUACCACGCCAUCUGGGAGCGCCCGACCUCAUGACAUAUCUCUAGAGACGCUCGAGAGAUUUCUAUCAGACGACCUACCUCAGGUUGUUCCUGCUGCGGAGCCAUCACGAUUGUAUAUACCAGACGAAAUUGUCGAAGAGAACGAAGACGAUGACAAUUUUGCGACAUCGGCAGUGUCUGAGACCGCGCCUUUUACGAUGCUAUCGCCUCCACCGUUCCAACGGAGCCUUUCGUCAAGUUCAGCUAGGGAUUAUAAUAACGGGUCCACAGCCACCAUAAUACCCCCGCGGACCGCACAAAACAGCGUUACUACAGAUCCUGUUGGCGUUCCAUCUACAACAGCCAACAUAAAGUUCGACAACAUUCCACGAUCGCACUUUUCCUUCUCGACAACGUCGUCAAGCUUCGCUUCUACGUCAUCGCCACAGUCAACCGAGUCUCGCGAUCUUAGUCAAUUUUCCUUCUUUGACGAAUCGGAUGACGAGAGGGAGGAUAUCUUUCCUACGGAGAAUGAAUCAUUCGCCGCCCAAGGAACCCGCCGAAGCAGCAACGCGGGGCGCAGCAUUCGCAAAUAUAGUGACUCGCCAAUCACGAGUUAUAGUCUACCUCAACCUACAACGCACGGUGGCAAGCCUCUAGACACGAGUCGUAUAUCCACAACGGCACUUGGAACAGGGUUUGAUGCUAGAUUGGAUAGCGGCGUGGCCCUUGACAGUACCGACCUUCUAGGCCGUCCGAGUAUUGAUACCGGACUGGACGAUUUAGUGAGCGACAUGAGCUGGAUGGCCAAUAUGAUCCAGCAUAAAUUCGUCUGAAUUCACUUUUACAUAUUCUGCAUAUUAUAUUUCACACAUCUCACGCAUUGCCCCUUUUCCUUUGUACUGAUUUUUGGCGAAUAUUUAGAAUGGGUAUAGAACAGGUUUACAUGUUGUCACCAACAGGAUCCAAGAUGAAGGACGGUAUAAAAAUUUAUUAUGUACUUUCUAUUCAUUCUCUUCAUAGCAUCAUGGCGCUCAGUGGGA